AUGGUCAAUAGAGCACUAUUAGUAAUUGAUUUACAAGAAGAUUUUUUACCACCAAAUGGAUCAUUAGCUAUAACAAAUGGAAGAUCUAUAGUUAACCCAAUAACUCAAUUAAUUCAAGAACCCCUAGUUCAGAAUUGGUCAUUAGUUGUUGCAACUCAAGAUUGGCAUCCAAUAAAUCAUACAUCAUUUGCAUCACAACAUAAUGUUAAACCUUUCACUGAAUUAGAAUUCAAACAUCCUGAAACUAAAGAAAUUAAAAAACAAUUUGUUUGGCCUGAUCAUUGUGUUCAAGAAACAUUUGGAGCUACUAUUGAAAAUACAUUUUUAGAAGUAUAUGAGAAAUUAAAAAUCCCCAAAGCAAUAGUUAAAAAGGGUUAUUUACAAGAUAGAGAAUAUUAUUCAUGUUUUCAAGAUUCUUGGGGUUUACAUCAUACAGAAAUUGAAAAAUUAUUAAAAGAUAAUAAAAUUGAUGAAGUAGUGGUAGUUGGAUUAGCUUAUGAUUAUUGUGUAUUAAAUUCAGCUAUAGAUAGUGCUAAAUCUUUCAAGACUAUAGUUGUAAAGAAUUUAUCUGAAAGUGUUUCACCAGAAUCUGAUUCAAAAACUGAUGAGAUUUACAAAAAAAAUGGAGUAAUUUUAGUCAAUGAUAUACUGGAUAUAUUACAAACCUAA